AUGCGUGAUAUAGAUUAUAGACAUUACUUAUUAAUAUGGGCAUCCUCCCGCAAAAAACAUGCAUUCAAUUCAAUUCUUGGCACUUGCACUGGCCCUGUAGGCCAAUCUCCAGGCAAAAUCGAGGAGGACGAUCGGCAAGAAAUUCACUUAUUUGGUCACAACUUACUAGCAAGUGUUGGCUGGAUUCAAUUCUUGGCUGCAAUUGUUUUGAGGAGCUUGUUGUUGCUCAAGCAUAUGGCCUCAGUUCAAAUCCACAACGUAUCCCACAUCACCAUUUCCCCUUCACCGGCACAUGGAAAGGACCCCCUCCUCCUCCUCCCGCUCUCCUUCUUCGACGCCAUAUGGAUCACCUUACCACCCAUCCAACGCCUCCUCCUCUUCCCCGGUGCCACCCCUGACCUCCAUUCCCUCAAAUCCUCCCUCUCCACCUCCCUCCCGCUGCUCUAUUCACUAGCCGGUAAGCUCACCUACCUCCCCGCCACGGGCGACAUCGCCGUGGCUUGUUCCCCAGAUGAUCACGUCACCUUCAUCGAGGCCAAAUCGGACGGUGACUUCAUCCGUCUCGCUUCCGAUGAGAUCCACGACGUCGACUCGUUUCUUCGGCUCGUGCCGGAGCUGGAUGACCCACAUCCAACACUGGACACUAGAGUUUUACCAGCGCCGGUCAUGGCCGUUCAGGUGACGAAGUUUGAGAGCGGCGGCUUCGCUGUUGGAGUUGCGGUGCAUCACUCGAUGGUGGAUGGCCGGGGCUUGUGGCAGUUCAUCGAGGCCUGGGCCACGGCUUGCCGCGAGGCUGAGAAAUCAGAGGUUUCAGCGGUGAUUCACGAUCGAACCGUGAUCCGGCACCAUCCGCGCGGUGAUGAGAUCGCCCGCCGGAUCUUGAAAAUGAUGGCGCCGGAGCUUCCCAUUAAUCUCUCGCUCAAACAUAAAAACCAGAUCAUAAGUGAAAAGCUCAACAUUGAAGAAGGACGAUCAGAACUAAUGAGAAGAACGUUCACAAUUAGCCGGGAUAUGAUCCAAUCCAUCAAACAACGAGCCAAUGAAGUUGGCAACCUCCAACACUCAACAUUCACAGUGCUCUCAUCUCUCACUUGGAUCAGCCUCAUAAAAACCAAAACCAUAGAGGACGCUAAUGAGGAGACCAUUCUAGGGUUCAUCAUGGACUGUAGGACUCGCCUCAACCCUCCACUGAAAGACAAUUAUUUGGGCAAUUGCCUUAAGCUCUGCUGUGCAAAAGCCAAGGUCAUGGAACUGGUUGGAAAUGCGGGACUUUCAAAGGCUUGUACAAGGAUCAAAGAACAAAUAGAUGAGAGUUCUAAGGACGUUUUGGGAGGGUGUGAAGAUUGGGUGGGUGAGAUCAAGAGAAAUGCCAAGUCGGUAAAUGUUCUUAUAGCUGGGUCUUCGAGUUUUCGGGCCUAUGAGAUAGACUUUGGUGUAGGGUGCCCGAGUAGGACGGAGCUGGUUUCUAUGAACCAUGAAGGUCAAGUUGUGCUCGUCGGAGGGAGAAAGCAAGGAGAGAUUCAGAUGUCAGUGUGCCUCUCUACUUCUCAUAUGGAGGAAUUCACCAAAGAGUUUUCAAGAGAACUCUGUGUUUGAUUUGCUUUUAGUAUUAUUUUUUUAACUGUUGUUUUUAUGUUGUUUUUGAGAUUGUCGUAUCUGAAUCCACUUG